UGCAUAUGGUUGCAUACAAUUGCAUUAAGCUUCACAUAAUUUCUGCAUCUUGUCAAACAAUUAAUUAUUUAAGUACUAAGUUUUAAGCCAGAAGAAUUGAAAGAACUUCAAAUGGAUGAUUUCGAAUGGAACGUUGUGAAUGAGAGCCAUUUAUUGGAGUCCAUGGUCGGUCACAAACCUGUCGGUGUAAAUAAGUACUUUCAAAUGGCUUUCAUUUGGGACAAACUUACAGAGAAUAUCAAAAAAGAUAUACAAUCCACAAAGAUCUGGUCCCACUUACAAACCAUGUACAAUCUGCAGGUUUUAGAUGAAAGUGAACAAUUGCCAUUUCCCAAUGAUGAGAAAGAAUUUAAUUUGCCGGAGGCUGAGUUUGGUGCCCUGAAGCUGAAGAAAGAAGAAAAAGCUGAUGACAAAAAAAACAACCAGAAGGGUAGAGAAACACCAAAAAUGAUGAAAGAGAUUAAGAAAGAAGAAGUAAAAACUCCAAAGGCUAAUAAUAAAGAAAUUCAGAGACGUGACAGCAAAGAUGGCAAAGAUAUUAAAACGCUCAUCGCAAAAAAGGAAAUCAAGAAAGAAACUGAAAAACCAAAACCAAUUAAGGGUAGGACUUCUCAAUUGAAAGAGGAACCCAGAAUUGUGCGAAAUAAAUCUGAUGAAUCUCCAAGACCUUCCAAACGUCCAACUAGGGGCAGUUUGAAGCCAGAAGAUGCAAAUAAUAGUGGUAAAGCUAGUCCUUUAACUGUAACCUCGGGUGGCACAAAGAGGAGGAGGAUAUGAGAUGCUACUUACAAUGUUUUAAUGUACCAUAUGUAGAUAGAUAGUUAUAUAUAUAUAUAUAUUUAGAAUCUAAACAAAUAUGACCAAUUUAUUUCAAAUUUUAUUUUUAAUAAAAGUAAAAUUACGAAAAUGUGCCUAUGUAACAUAUAUGUUUUAAAUGUACA